AAAGAAAGGGGGAGGGGUGAGCAGAGAAAUUGAGCCGAGGUAGCGGCGGGAACGACCCGGUGUUCCCGGUGAUAGUUGGAGAGAGACGGCUGAAGGAUUUGGGGGCAAGUUAGGUUUGCAGUGAUUGGAUCUUCUCCCUGCAGUGAUGUCCACCCCAGACCCUCCAAUGGGGGGCACUCCCCGGCCUGUACCUUCCCCCGGGCCAGGGCCUUCUCCUGGAGCUAUGCUAGGCCCCAGCCCAGGCCCCUCCCCUGGCUCUGCACACAGCAUGAUGGGACCAAGCCCCGGGCCACCUAUUCCUCCACAGGGACCUGCUGGGUACCCACCUGAAAAUAUGCACCAGAUGCACAAGCCAAUGGAUUCCAUUCAUGACAAAGCAAUCCCUGAAGACCCCCGAUACAAUCAGAUGAAGGGUAUGAGCAUGAGACCUGCUGCUCACUCUGGGAUGGGGCCUCCACCCAGUCCUAUGGACCAGCACUCUCAAGGAUACCCAUCACCUCUGGGCAACUCUGAGCACGUGCCCAGCCCUGUACCAUCUAAUGGUCCUCCCUCUGGCCCUCCGAUGCCUUCUGGGCCAUCAGCGGUGAAUAUGGAGAACUCGGACCCACAACAGCAGACAAGCCGAAGUCCUACUCCCUUCAACCAGAACCAGCUGCACCAGUUGCGGGCUCAGAUAAUGGCUUACAAAAUGUUAGCCAGGGGGCAAGCUUUACCCGACCACCUUCAGAUGGCAGUGCAGGGAAAGAGACCCAUGCCUGGGAUGCAACAACAGAUGCCAACACUACCUCCACCUGCUGCUUCGGGGACUGGCGCUGGUCCUGCCCCAGGCCCAGUGCCCCCUAACUACAACAGACCUCAUGGAAUGGCUGGUCCUACUAUGCCACCUCCCGGCCCUUCAGGAGCUCCACCUGGAAUGCCUGGCCACCCUGCUGGUGCUCCACCUAAGCCUUGGCCUGAAGGUCCCAUGGCUAAUGCAGCUGCCCCUGCCACUGCCCCCCAGAAGCUGAUUCCUCCACAGCCUACUGGCCGCCCUUCCCCUGCCCCUCCGGCUGUCCCACCGGCUGCUUCCCCCGUGAUGCCUCCGCAGACACAGUCUCCAGGCCAGCCGGCUCAGCCUCCUCCCAUAGUACAGUUUCACCCUAAGCCCAACCGCAUCACUCCCAUACAGAAACCGCGAGGCCUGGAUCCUGUGGAGGUGCUACAGGAACGGGAGUACAGGCUGCAGGCGAGAAUUGCACACAGGAUCCAGGAACUGGAAAAUCUUCCUGGUUCUUUGCCUGGAGAUCUAAGGACCAAAGCCACCAUAGAGCUGAAAGCUUUAAGGCUUCUCAAUUUUCAGAGACAACUGCGGCAAGAAGUUGUGGUCUGCAUGCGGAGGGACACGGCCCUUGAGACCGCCCUAAACGCAAAGGCCUACAAACGCAGCAAGCGGCAGUCCCUGCGCGAGGCGCGUAUCACGGAAAAACUGGAAAAGCAGCAGAAGAUUGAGCAGGAGCGCAAGAGGAGACAAAAGCACCAGGAGUAUCUAAACAGCAUCCUCCAACAUGCCAAGGACUUCAAGGAAUUCCAUCGCUCAGUCACAGGGAAGAUCCAAAAACUGACAAAGGCUGUGGCCACGUACCAUGCCAACACCGAGCGAGAGCAGAAGAAGGAGAAUGAAAGGAUUGAGAAGGAGAGAAUGCGCAGGCUCAUGGCUGAGGAUGAGGAGGGCUACAGAAAGCUGAUCGAUCAGAAGAAAGACAAGCGUCUGGCCUACCUCCUGCAGCAGACGGACGAGUAUGUAGCAAAUCUGACGGAACUGGUGCGGCAGCACAAGGCAGUGCAAGCCCUCAAAGAAAAGAAGAGAAGGAAAAAGAAAAAGGUGCAAGAGAUCACAGAAGGCCAGCAAUCGGCACUUGGACCUGAUGGAGAGCCACUGGAUGAGACCAGCCAGAUGAGCGACCUCCCAAUCAAAGUGAUCCAUGUGGAAAGCGGAAAGAUCUUGACGGGUGCUGAUGCGCCAAAGGCUGGGCAGCUGGAGGCAUGGCUUGAAAUGAACCCUGGGUAUGAAGUUGCACCACGGUCCGAUACCGAGGAGAGUGAAUCAGAGGAUGAGGAAGAGGAAGAAGAUGAACAACAGCAGCCUUCAGUCACUUCCCUGCUGGCUGUGGACGAGACUAAAAAAAUUGCUGAUCCAGACAGCGACGAUGUGUCUGAGGUGCAUGCACGGGAAAUAAUAGAUAAUGCCCGACAGGAUGUGGAUGACGAGUACGGUAUAUCACAUGCUGAGACCAGUGGCCUCCAGUCUUACUAUGCAGUGGCGCACGCAGUAAGUGAGAAGGUGGACAAGCAGUCAACCCUGUUGGUUAACGGCAUCCUGAAACAGUAUCAGAUUAAGGGCCUGGAGUGGCUGGUCUCCCUGUACAACAAUAACUUGAAUGGGAUCCUUGCCGAUGAGAUGGGUCUGGGAAAGACUAUUCAGACCAUUGCUCUGAUUACAUACCUCAUGGAACACAAGCGCAUCAACGGGCCUUUCCUCAUCAUUGUGCCACUGUCGACUUUAUCCAACUGGGUUUAUGAGUUUGACAAGUGGGGUCCGUCGGUGGUGAAAGUCUCCUACAAGGGCUCUCCUGCUGCUCGCCGCGCUUUUGUUCCAAUGCUCCGCAGCGGGAAAUUCAACGUCCUCCUCACUACAUACGAAUACAUCAUUAAGGAUAAGCACAUACUAGCCAAGAUCCGUUGGAAGUAUAUGAUUGUGGAUGAAGGUCAUCGAAUGAAGAACCAUCACUGCAAGCUGACGCAAGUCCUGAACACACACUACGUAGCCCCCCGGCGCGUGCUUCUCACCGGUACCCCGCUGCAGAACAAGCUUCCUGAGCUGUGGGCUCUUCUCAACUUCCUGCUCCCCACUAUAUUCAAGAGCUGCAGCACUUUUGAGCAGUGGUUUAAUGCCCCCUUUGCCAUGACUGGAGAGAAGGUGGAUCUAAACGAGGAAGAAACAAUCCUAAUUAUCCGCCGUCUCCAUAAAGUCCUUCGUCCCUUCUUGCUCCGGCGACUUAAAAAAGAAGUGGAAGCUCAACUGCCCGAAAAGGUGGAAUAUGUUAUCAAGUGCGACAUGUCGUCAUUACAGCGCGUUCUGUACAGGCACAUGCAGGCCAAAGGGGUGCUGCUCACAGACGGCUCUGAGAAGGAUAAAAAGGGCAAGGGAGGCACCAAGACCCUCAUGAACACUAUUAUGCAGCUAAGGAAGAUCUGUAACCAUCCGUACAUGUUCCAGCACAUAGAGGAGUCAUUUUCUGAACACUUGGGAUUCUCGGGAGGAAUUGUACAGGGGGCAGACCUCUACCGGGCAUCUGGGAAGUUUGAGCUCUUAGAUCGGAUACUGCCCAAGUUGAGAGCCACCCAGCACAAGGUCCUGCUCUUUUGCCAGAUGACCACCCUCAUGACGAUCAUGGAAGAUUAUUUUGCUUAUCGUGGCUUUAAAUACCUCCGAUUGGACGGCACCACCAAGGCAGAAGAUCGUGGCAUGUUACUAAAAACAUUUAACGAGUCCAGUUCUGAAUACUUUAUCUUCCUGCUCAGCACACGUGCUGGGGGUCUGGGCUUGAACCUUCAGUCGGCAGACACUGUUAUCAUAUUCGAUAGUGACUGGAACCCACAUCAGGAUUUGCAGGCUCAGGACCGAGCUCACCGAAUCGGGCAGCAGAACGAGGUGCGAGUGCUGCGCUUGUGCACUGUGAACAGCGUGGAGGAAAAGAUCCUGGCCGCCGCCAAGUAUAAGCUAAACGUGGAUCAGAAAGUUAUCCAGGCCGGGAUGUUCGACCAAAAAUCCUCCAGCCAUGAGCGCAAGGUCUUCCUGCAGGCCAUUCUAGAGCAUGAAGAACAAGAUGAGGAGGAAGAUGAGGUGCCAGACGAUGAGACUGUGAAUCAGAUGAUCGCUCGACACGAGGAAGAGUUCGACCUUUUCAUGCGUAUGGAUCUGGACAGGCGAAGAGAGGAAGCCCGUAAUCCCAAACGCAAACCUCGCCUCAUGGAGGAAGAUGAGCUGCCGUCCUGGAUCAUUAAGGACGACGCCGAGGUUGAGCGCCUUACUUGCGAAGAAGAAGAAGAAAAGAUGUUUGGCCGCGGCUCCCGUAACCGCAAGGAGGUGGAUUAUAGUGACUCGCUCACGGAAAAGCAGUGGCUGAAGGCCAUAGAAGAGGGCACUCUAGAAGAGAUUGAGGAAGAAGUGCGCCAGAAGAAAACCACUCGCAAGAGGAAGAGAGAUAUAGACCCUUGCAUAGUCAUGCCCACCACAAGCACACGGGGCAGGGAGAGGGAUGACGAGGGUAAGAAACAGAAGAAGAGGGGGCGGCCCCCUGCCGAGAAACUUUCCCCAAACCCCCCAAAACUCACAAAGAAAAUGAAGAAGAUUGUGGAUGCCGUCAUUAAGUACAAAGACAGUGGAAACGGGCGCCAGCUAAGUGAAGUUUUUAUCCAACUGCCAUCCCGUAAGGAACUCCCUGAGUACUACGAGCUGAUCCGUAAGCCAGUGGACUUCAGGAAGAUCAAGGAGAGGAUCCGAAACCAUAAGUACCGCAGCCUAAAUGAUCUGGAGAAAGACGUCAUGCUGCUGUGUCAGAAUGCUCAGACCUUCAACCUGGAGGGCUCCUUGAUCUAUGAAGACUCGAUUGUGCUCCAGUCCGUGUUCACCAGUGUGAGACAGAAGAUCGAGAAGGAAGAGGAGAGCGAGGGAGAGGAGAGUGAGGAAGAGGAGGACGUGGAAGAAGAAGGCUCAGAGUCUGAGUCUCGCUCCGUGAAGGUGAAGAUUAAACUGGGUCGCAAGGAGAAGGGGCAGGAGAGGAUGAAGGGACGCAGGCGGACCGGCCGAGGGUGCAGAGCCAAGCCGGUGAUCAGCGAUGAUGAUAGCGAGGAAGAACAAGAAGAGGCCAAUGAGCGCUCAGGGAGCGGAAGCGAAGACGACUGAAGUAGAAUCUCGUAACAUUCCUUCAAGCCCCCUCACGUCUCAUUCCACAGCGUGCCACUGGAACGCCGACUCCAACCCCUGAAGUACCACGCACCCCCCCCUAAACCCCACCCCUCCCUCCUCGGAACCCCUUCCUUUCGGUAGGUCGCUAACGGGUAGCCAGAAAUGUAGUGAGCUGUACAAAGUAAAUUCUUCCAUAUUUAUAUAAACGAUGAGAUGUAGGGACGCGCCCGUCUGUAGCAAGGCAAACGCAUUAAGUAUCGGGCCCGACUGCUCGGCCUCUCAGGAUAGGUUAAAAGGAUCGACUUCUGAUUCUAUAUGAAUAUAUAUUAUUUUUUUUUUUACGGCAGUACUGUUUGCGUUACAGUAUGGAAUCACUGUAGUGUCGGCCCCGUGGAUGCAUGCUGUUAGCAAUCCACCCUUUUAGUACUGUAUUUUACAAAAAACAGGUCAAAAUCAAGCCCAGCGUCCCGUCCCCCUCCCCCUCCCUCAUGUUGCUGCACAGGGAGGGGCGGGGCUGGCGGCGGUAGCUGUAUGUAUGUGUGUCAGUGUCACUGGAUUUCAAACCGUUAUAAAUUAAACCCAAGAUGGAAUACCUC